AUGGACACCAAGACCCCAGUUACUCUAGCUAAAGUCAUCAAAGUUCUAGGCCGUACCGGUUCUCGUGGUGGUGUUACCCAAGUCCGUGUUGAGUUCUUGGACGACACCUCCCGUACCAUUGUCAGAAACGUCAAGGGUCCAGUCAGAGAGAACGACAUCUUGGUGUUGAUGGAGUCUGAGCGUGAGGCUCGUCGUUUGAGAUAA